AUGACGAAUCUCGAAAAACAAACAGAUGAAAUAUUAGCAUUACAAUCAAUAUUUGAUACGCAAUUUCGUUUGCUUGAUGACAAUAGUCAAUAUGAAAUCUUAAUUGAUUUUGAUCUAAUUGAACCAUUUAUUAUUCGAUAUAAUGAUGAAAGAACUAUUAUUAAUCAUUUACCAGCAUUUACUCUUAUUACUCAUUAUCAUGAUAAAUAUCCAAGUGAUUAUCCUCCUUCAUUUAUGCUUUCAUGUUUUUAUUUUUCAAAAUUAUUUUUACAAAAUCUUUGUCAAAAACUUGAUAAUUAUUUAUUUAUAAAAGAUGAAGUUUGUGUUUAUGAUUGGAUCGAGUUGAUAAAACAUGAAAUCACUAAUGAACUUAUACUUCAAACUAAAGACGAUGAACAAAUCAAUGAUCCACGAGCAUUAAAUGGAUAUUCAAAUGAGAAUAUUGAUCAAAUUUAUCAAUCUUUGAUAAAUUAUAAUAAUGAACAACAUGAAAAACAAUUUCAAAAUCAACUUCAAACAUGUUUAAUAUGUACAGAUAUCAUUCCAGGAAUGGAUUUUAUUCGUCUUCAUCGUUGUGGACAUUUUUAUUGUCGACCAUGUUUAAAUAAUUAUGUUAGAAUAACAUUAAACAAUGGAAAAUUUGGUGAAAAACUUCAUUGUCCACAAACUCAAUGUCAAAAAGCAUUACUUCCAAAUGAAAUUAAACAAAUUAUUCAAGAUGCUCAAUUAUAUCAAAGAUAUGAAAGAUUAACAUUACAACAUGCUCUAGAAUCAAUGAACAAUGUUAUCUGGUGCCCAAGAUGUCAAUCUGCUGUUCUUAUCGGUAGUGGUGAUGAUAAUUUAGCUGUAUGUGAUCAAUGUCAUUAUACAUUUUGUAAAAGAUGUAAAGAAAAAUAUCACUUUCAAGCAAUGUGUCCAGAAGAUUAUCUCGCUGAACAAUUAAGAUUACAACAGAGAAAAAUACGUGAAAGAAUUGCAAAACAACAGAUAGAAGAACGUGAAAGAACUCAGAACGGAAAAGAUCAGAAGAGAAUUGCCAAAAAACGAGAAAAAGCUGAUGCAGAAUCAAUUAGAAUCGAUAAAGAAAAAAAAGAUUUAGCUGAAAAAAAUCUUGCUAAACAACAAUAUCGUGAAAUUGCCAUUGACUUAUCUGAAGAAGAUGCUUUAUUAGAAGAAAUCUUAACUGCUGAACGAAUGGAAGUACUCAAUACUCAACCAUGUCCAAAUUGUCAUGUAAAAAUUGAAAAAAGUGGUGGUUGUUUACAUAUGCAUUGUUCAAGAUGUGGUUAUUCGUUUAUUUGGGCUGCACUAGAACGACCUCAACCUCUUCAAAUGACUUCAUUGUUAUAUCAUUCUUCUGAUGCUAUGCCAGUCCAAUCUAUCAAAAGGGGUGGGUGUGGGUGUGGGUAG